UAAAAUAAACUUGAAGGUACCCUAACGGCACAGAAAUUGUUGUUUUUGUUGAUGAUGACCACAAGAUGUCGUCAAGGAGUCAGGAAAAGCAGUGCAACUGCUGCCAAUGAUGUCUAUUUAUCCACAGCCGUCGCUAUUUUCCUCAGCAACGAAAACCGCUGGAUCCGCUGCAUUAUUUUAGUGAGCUCUCUUGCUUUGUCUGUCUUAACUAAGUUAAGGUAUUCGUAUUUGAUUUGUGUUCCGUGUCGUGUGAUGGAUGAAAAGCGCAGAUCAUCCUGUCAGUAUGGAUCCCUGGAAUGCACGAAAUGGAAAACAGAUGUGGACCAAACAGAGGCAGAUGUGGUCUCAAUGGCGGACUCCACUAUAACAGUUGGGGACAUAGAGGGAGAACUCUGUAAGAUUGAACGAAUCAGAGACAUUUUGAUCAGGAGGGAAUCUGAGCUCAGAUACAUGAUGGAUGAUAUGCAGUUAUGUAAAGAAAUUACAAGACUGAAGAAAGAGCUUCAAAAGCUUUUGUCUAUUCCAGAUAAUGACAAGUCUAAUGAAGACAAGCAGAAAGAGGAAGAGCUUCUGAAACAGAUUCAUAAAUUAGUGGAGGCCAGAGACUUCCUGGUAGAUGACGUGGAGUUUGAGCGUCUCAGGGAACGGGAGGAGGACAAAGAGAUGGCUGAAUUUCUUAAGUCCAAACUACCAAAAAUCUCUCAAACCAAGAAUGUUGCUCGCAGUGGGAGGAGGCCACCCAGAGCUCAGCAGAACUCUACUCCCUUUGUAACCAAGACAGGCCUCACUUUGCUGAAAGAGUGCUGUGGAUUCACCUGCUCUAUAAUGUAAAAGGCACACUUUCGGCAGUGGCAACAGGAACACACAUUCUGGAGCCUUGGAUGAGGACGACAUUUUAAUGACACCAGGAGACUCAACGAAUAUGAAGUGAACCAACAUUAGAGGUUUCUGAAAGACAAAGCUCUGAAGUUGUCUGUUAAGGAAUAGCAGUCUAUGCAUCACUCUUUAUUUCUUAUUUUUCCCGCACACAUUUGCUCUCUUUCAAACUUCUCUCAUUUUUUUCUUUGAAAAAUCCUGUUUCUUUGUAUUACAGAGAACAUUUUGUGCCCUCUCAGUGGUCCUGCUGUCAGCAGCUCAGUUGGUUUGCUGUCAUUCCCUACCCUUAUCUUUUCUCUCACGAUACAUUCCUACAGAACUGCAGUACCUUUGACUUUGUUAUCCAUAAAUGCUCAAGUUUCAGUAAAAAUACUGUUUAUACUUCUGAUUCUUAGCCAGGCCAGGCUCAUUGGAAAUCCGUGCCUGUGGCAACAUUUGAAAGAAAAAUGUUUCAGUGAGUGGCGCUAACAGGGUGUUCAGUUUUAUCCGAAAUGGAUGAACGUUAAUCUGGCAGUUUUAUUAGGUUGCUUUUUAUAUGUAUCGUGGCAGUUUGGAAAUGAAAUGUCAGUGAGUGGCAUUAAAAUGUUAGCGAAUGUGAAAAUAAUGUACCACCUUCAUUAAACUACCUUAAACUUAACCGAUAAAAAAAAAAAAAAAAAAAAACUCACUUAAGGAACAAUGCCAUUUUAACUUGCUUCUAUAAGUUCUUGAGCUCUUUUAUUGUGAUUUGUGUUUCACGGGACUCGUACCCGAAUUCUACACAUUGCAAAUGGGUCAUUUCAUGUCAACUCAACCAGAGGUCUCCAGCUCAAAUGUUUGAUUUUGCUAAUAUUUUUUCUGAAGAAAGAUA